ACUUUUUGCACAGACUCAGUAGCACUUUCUUCCCACUGGCUGACUGAGUUACCACAUGACUCUUCCUGCUUAUGAAUAUUCCAACAUUUGCCAUCCUGUUUGGGCAGUCUGUAGAAUGAACUUUGGAAUCUGCUACCACAAAAUGCGGCACUGGCCUCAAAAAUCAGUGAGACCAUUUUGAGGAAGUCCGGAGGACCAAUGACUCGUAGCGAGGCUGCUUUUGUGGGACAUCUGGUGGGAGCAGUGGGCUUUCUUGAGUAAUUGGUGGACACCAUGGAAACAGACUGGGCAAGAUGGGCCAGGCCCUAUUCCUAUGAAUCAGCAUAGAUGGAUAUUCGAGGUUCACCAAUGGUCUCAGGACAGCCAAACAGCAGCACAGCCUCCACCUUGGAAUGCAAGUCAUUUUCUCCUAAUGAGACGUGUAUUGCUGAAUCAAGGCAACUGCAGCCAAACCACUUUUUAAAGCAAAGGUGCUUUAAAUGCUGCCGAAGCUCAGAAGACUGAGUGACCCCUGCUUCUGCCAUUCAAGCUGUCAGGGCCUUGUUUUGCUGUGCCAGCCUUGCCAUGUUUACCUCAAGGGGAUUCCUGCUGUCUGCAUCCUAGAGUGUGCAGAGUUGAUUAGCUGAAAGUCAACCUGCAGGAUGACCGGAUGGAAAUAUUUCCUGCAGCUUGUCAACCAUUGCAUUUGUUCUGGAACAGCAGGAAACCAAGAUUAUCCAAGAAGGGCUCAGUGUCUGAGAACAUGAGUAGCACAUACCUGCUUGGAAAGAGGUCCUGGCAGGUCUGGGUUUGGGAGUAGAAGUGGCUGGAGGCUCUAGAAAUAGACUGGAUGCUCAAGGGUUCUGGCAACAGGCAAGCCAGCUGGCUGGCUAUUAUCCUCCAGCUAUCCUCAGCUGACAGUCAUGUGGCUGGCUGAUCAAGUGAUACCACUUAGGACCAUGUUUUUUACUUCCAGGGAAAUGGGCACAGCUCAGCCCCUGGCUGGAGCCCCUUGCAGCAACAUCUGUUAAAGGGCUCUUCAGCAGAGAGUGGGGGCCCUCCUUGCCAUUCCCAGCUCUCCUUUAUACUGGUGGAAGUAUCAGGUGAGAUGGAAUUGCUGAGCCGAGGGCUAGGAAAAAGCUAUUUUUUGCCCCAACCAGCCCAGAGAAGUUGGUCUUGCAGGCCAGUAGUGACUCCAACCUGGAAGGUAGCAUGAAGCAGCAACAUCACUGUAUCCAAUCACAGGUGGAACAAUCGUCUUUCUAGAAGCAGAAGCCCCUUUUGCUCCAUUCAGAGGGGAAUAUUUUGUAGGGGCCUGCAGUUGCUGACUAUGGGUUUGGUAGUCUUUUGGAGGGCGGGCGGGCUGGCUGGCAACCAAACCUCGGCCCUUUUGUGUGGUUUGCCCCAGUUGGUUGUUCCCUACUUCAGCCCAUUCCAGAUCCAGGACUGCAAAGAGAAGAGAGCCAUAAGCCCUGGAUCCAGCUUUCCUCCUGCAAAGAUUACAGCUUGGACCCCUGUGCAAGACGCACGGUUUGCACAAGAGCAUCUCCGCUGUGGCUGCCUCCAGGUGUGGCUGGGCGGGUGUUAAAUUUUCCCUGCGGGCUGCAUGUUUAGGACUACUGACAGGUAGCAGGAUUAGUUACCCAUGGGCGAUUUCAUGUGAUUUAAAAGAAUAAUUUCCUUAUCAGGUAAUAAAUGCGGGAUAAUAAAAUAAAUGACACUCGACUAUGAACAUAAAAUUCUGUAAUUUCUGCUCCUGUUAUGUAGUUAGUCAUAGACAAGGAAAACGGGGUUUUCCCCGAAAGCGAAAGUGGCAGAGCCACGGGAAAAGGAAGACCCGCGCCCAACAUUUCCAUUUCCCAGCAAUUUAUUACGUGUCCACGUCCAAGAAGAGAAAAGGCGCCUCCUGAGCGUCCUGGCACUUAACGAUACGCGCCCGACUCCGUUCGGCUUACAGGAUGAGAUCGCAGCAUCCACCCAAAGGCCACCUUGGCAGGAAGGAGGCCCGCCCAAGGGAAAGCUUGCGUUCCGCCCGGAAGCGCCGGACUACAAGUCCCAGGGGCCCGGCGAGGGGGCAUGGCCUCGUUUCUCCCCCGGGAGCGGGCUGCUCUUGCAGCUUCGGGGGGGACGCCCCUAGGCAGGCGGCGUGGGGGCCUUUCCGGGCGGCGGCGGCGACGGUUCGCAGUCGGAGAGGGCGCGCAGACGGGCGGCCUCCUUCCGGAGCGGCUCGGCGCUGUAGAUGCCGCCGCCCACGCCCAGCACGAACACCACCACUAGGCGCACCAGCGGCUCCGACCCACGCAUGGCUGCGACUGUUGCCUUCCUGUUGCUGCGCAGGCGCGCGGAACCGUCUUCCGCGCCUGCGCCCUCCCGUCCAUGGUGGUCGCUAUGGAGCCGGUUGCAAGAACGCCUGCCGGGAGGCCUCGCAGGCGGAAGUUGGGGCAGCGGGAGGGGCGGGAGGAGCAGCGGGCGGCCGGUGCCGCGCCCGCACGGGGGCUCCUCGCGCUAAGCCUGGCGGUGCGGCUGGCCUGCUGCUUCUCGGUGCGGACCAGCUUCGUCCCGGACGAGUACUGGCAGUCGCUGGAGGUGGCGCACCGGGCGGCCUUCGGAUACGGGAGCCUGACCUGGGAGUGGGCCGAGGGCCUGCGCAGCCCUCUCUACCCGCUGCUCUUCGCCGGCCUCUUCAAGGUGCUGCAGCUGCUGGGCAAGGACGAGGCACCGCUACUGAUUUGGCUCCCUAGGGUUUUCCAGGCAGUUCUGGCAGCAUUUGCAGAUGUGAAGUUAUAUUCCUUGGCAAAGCGGCUGGAUCACUUUGAGACGGCCAAAUGGGUGUACUUUUGCCAGUUGUGUUCUUGGUUUACAUGGUACUGCUGUACCAGGACCCUCACCAACACUAUGGAAGCGGUUCUCACCAUCUUUGCUCUUUGCUACUAUCCCAUGGAAGGCACCAAAAUGGAGAGCAGCCGCUACUACCUAGCCCUGGUUGCGCUGGCGUGCAUCGUUCGCCCAACAGCUUCCAUUCUGUGGGCUCCGCUGCUGCUUUGGCACUUUGAAAAGGAGUCCAACAAGAGGCGCCUCUUCUGGGGUGCUUGCCUUCCAGUGGGACUAAUUGCUUUGGGAGGUUCGUUAGUAGUUGACAGGAUAUUUUUUGGCAAGUGGGUUGUAGUUCCCCUCAACUUUCUGAAAUUCAACGUUCUGCAUGAGCUGGCCACCUUCUACGGAUCCCAUUCCUGGCACUGGUAUUUCACCCAGGGCCUGCCGGCGAUCCUUGGUCCUCACCUGCCUUUUUUCCUCCAUGGUUGUUUCAGUGCCCCGAGGAAGCAUCGUGUGUUCUUGGUUGUUGUGCUUUGGACUGUGACAGCCUACAGCGUUCUUCGUCACAAAGAAUUCCGAUUUAUCUAUUCCAUCCUACCCAUCUGUAUGCUCUUCUGUGGGCAUUCUCUGGCUCAACUGAAGAGAAGGUGGAGAAGGGCUGCCGUUUCUUUCUUGCUGAGCUCCAGCCUGCUUCUUGCCCUCUACACUGGUUUGGUCCAUCAGCGUGGCACUCUUGAUGUGAUGGUCUACCUCCGGGAGCUCUGCAACCCUCUGGCCCGAGAACAGACAUCCAUUCUCCUGCUAAUGCCCUGUCAUUCAACUCCUUUAUACAGCCAUAUUCACUGUCCACUGCAAAUAAGAUUUCUUCAGUGCCCUCCAGAUUUGAUGGGAAGAAGCAACUAUCUGGAUGAAGCUGACUUAUUUUACUCUCACCCCCUCCAGUGGCUCAACAACGAGUUUCCUAAUGCUACGCAACUACCUUCCCAUUUGGUCUUCUUCAAUGUACUUGAGCAGGAAAUAUCAUCAUUUCUGAUUUCAAACAGAUAUGUAAAAGGUGCCAUAUUCUUUCAUACCCAUCUGCCUCAAGGACGUGUUGGAAGCCACAUUUAUGUGUUCAAAAAAUUAUUUUGAAGAUUGACCAAACUGAUUUAAGGGAUGGGGGAUGGGGCUGAUGCGAGAGAAGCAACAAAGCAGCGACCCCUGAUCUGAAGUAUGGGUCUGAAGUCUGGCUCUGGAGAGGCGGAAGGUACCAGUGCUUUUGUUUAGCAAAGGCGGCCUUGCGUGACCCUUCUGCUAAGGUUUCGGAUCUGCUCAGACUACAUGCAUAGACAGUUUGGAACCACCUUUUUAUUAUUUUUUUUACAAUGUACAGAUGUGCAGAUUUAAAAGCAAGAUGAUCAGAAAGACCAUGCAACAAAUCCCAUCAUGAUCAGAGUAAUUAAACGGCUAUCAAGAUGUG